CUUCGGCGCGGCCCGCCCAACGGGAACCCGCCAAGGGCUCAGAACCCGGGCCGCGGGGCGGGGAGCAGGACCGAGGCCUGCGGCUCCCCGCGAGGUGCGCCUGGACGCGUCUCCCUGGUCCCCGUCCGCGUCCUCGCUCGGCUCUGACGGCGGCCUGCGCCCAGGAUGCCCGAGGGCCCCGAGCUGCACCUGGCCAGCCGCUUCGUGAACGCGGCGUGCGCGGGCCUGGUGUUCGGCGGCGCCGUGGAGACGUCGCGCUGCAGCCGCGGCCCCGCGGUGCCCUUCGAGAGCAGCGCCUACCGCAUCUCGGCGUCGGCGCGCGGCAAGGAGCUGCGCCUGGCGCUGCGCCCCCUGCCCGGGGCCCUGCCCGCGCGGGAGCCGCUGGCCCUGGUCUUCCGAUUCGGCAUGACGGGCUCCUUCCGCCUGGCGCCCCGGGACGCGCUGCCCGCCCACGCGCACCUGCGCUUCUACACGGCGCCGCCGGGCCCGCGGCUCGCGCUCUGCUUCGUGGACGCCCGCCGCUUCGGCCGCUGGCACCUCGGGGGCGACUGGCAGCCCGGCCGCGGGCCCUGCGUCUUGCUGGAGUACGAGCGGUUCAGUCCCCUGGUCUCUGCGGAGGGGAAGCAGCCCCACCUGGGACAUGAUGCGGCCACCGAGGAGGGCAGGGAGAACGUGUUACGAAACCUGGCGCACAAGGCCUUUGAGCAGCCCAUCUGCGAGGCCCUCCUGGACCAGAGGUUCUUAAAUGGCAUCGGCAACUACCUCCGGGCGGAGAUCCUGCACCGCCUGGGGAUACCCCCGUUCGAGAAGGCCCGCACGGUGCUGGAGGCGCUGCAGCAGCGCAGGCCGAGCCCGGAGCAGACCCUGAGCCAGAAGAUCAGGGCUAAGCUGCAGAGCCCGGACCUGCUGGAACUGUGUCACUCGGUGCCCAAGGAAGUGGUCCAGCUGGGGGGCAAAGGGUACGGGCCGGAGAGUGGAGAGGAGGACUUUGCUGCCUUUCGAGCCUGGCUGCGGUGCUACGGCGUGCCGGGCAUGAGCUCUCUGCGCGACCGGCGUGGCCGGACCAUCUGGUUCCAGGGGGAUCCUGGGCCCCUGGCACCCAAAGGGGGAAAGUCCCGCAAGAAGAAACCCAAGGGAGCGCAGCAGGGGCCGGAGCACAGGACCGAGGGCCCUCUCCUUCCAAGCGCGGCCCGUUCCAGGUCACGUGGGGCACGGAGAGGCCCUCCUGAGCAAGGUACAGCCCAGCAGCCGGAGGGGACCAGCCUCCAGCAGGACCCAGAAGUGCCCCCGGCCCCCGUGAAGGGGAGGAGGAGGCGGCAACCAGCAGCCUCGGGCCACCGAAGACCCCAAAGGAUCAAGGCCAACACCCGGUCCUUGGAGGAGGGGAUGUCAGCCUCUUAGCAGGAGGGCCUCCCCGCUGGCGUCCACCUCCUGCCCCUGCGGAGCCCUGGGGCCCGAGUAGCUGGCUGCAAGCAGGCCCUAGCUGCUGGGGGCCAGGGGCCCCUGGCCGUGUAGCUCUUCCCUGCCCCACUAUGAUGUUUUUGAGUGUACCCCCUUCUCCAUUUUUUAAGCCCAUGCAAAAGAUGCUGUGAUUUUUUUUUAUAAAUGAAUAAACUUGAAUUUCUUGGUGGCA